GCGGAGGGAGUGCCCAGGCGGAGGGGCGCGCUGCUGCGGCUGCCUCGGCGGAAGAUGGCUGCCGAAGAGGUGGCCGACACUCAGCUGAUGCUUGGAGUCGGGCUGAUCGAAAAGGACACAAAUGGAGAAGUUCUGUGGGUGUGGUGUUAUCCUUCCACAACAGCUACGUUAAGGAAUCUGCUGCUGAGAAAAUGCUGCCUUACGGAUGAAAACAAACUUCUCCAUCCCUUUGUCUUUGGUCAGUACAGAAGAACAUGGUUUUAUAUCACAACAGUUGAAGUUCCAGAUUCUUCCGUUUUGAAAAAGGUGACUCAUUUUUCUAUUGUUCUGACCGCCAAAGAUUUUAAUCCAGAGAAAUAUGCCGCCUUCACUAGGAUAUUGUGUAGAAUGUACCUGAAAUAUGGGAGCCCAGUUAAAAUGAUGGAGAGUUAUAUUGCAGUUCUCACAAAGGGGAUAUGCCAGAGUGAAGAAAAUGGCUCUUUCCUUAGCAAAGACUUUGAUGCCCGAAAGGCAUACCUCGCAGGCUCCAUCAAAGACAUUGUAUCUCAGUUUGGAAUGGAAACUGUUAUCUUACACACAGCACUGAUGCUAAAGAAAAGAAUUGUCGUCUAUCACCCCAAAAUAGAAGCUGUCCAGGAGUUUACCAGGACUCUGCCUGCCCUGGUGUGGCAUCGACAGGACUGGACCAUCCUGCACUCGUAUGUGCACCUCAACGCCGAAGAGCUGGAAGCCCUGCAGGUGUGCACAGGUUACAUCGCCGGAUUUGUAGACUCGGAGGUGAGCAAUAGAUCAGAGCUCUACGACGUGUUCGUGAAUCUGGCAGACAGUGAGAUUACCAUUGCUCCACUUGCAAAAGAGGCCAUGACAAUGGGCAAACUGCACAAAGAAAUGGGUCAGCUAAUUGUUCAGUCUGCAGAAGAUCCAGAGAAAUCAGACAGCCAAGUUAUACAGGAUAUUUCUGUAAAAACAAAAGAAAUCUUCACCAACCUGACACCAUUUUCAGAAGUUUCAGGUGAUGGAGAAAAGCUAGUUCUCAACUUUGAGGCACUAAAGCAAAGACGAUUUCCGCCAGCGACAGAAAACUUCCUUUACCAUCUAGCAGCAGCUGAACAAAUGCUGAAAAUCUGACCAUGUGACUGUAUCACUGAUGACUGAUCUAAAGCUGUUUGACCAUGAUUAUUCAUUAACUAUGUAAAAUACUGCAAAUAACAAAAUGUUGUUUUAAUGAUUCAUUUGAAAGUAUUGAGAUUUGACCUGAAAAGCACUGAAACACAUAUGAAAACACUUCUGCUUUUCUCCUGUCAUUAGUUUCAUGCCUACUGUUGAUGUCGGACAAAGUGCCGUCACUUCCAUAGAUUAUGUUGUAAAUGGCUCGAUGUUCUGGAGUAAGAGACAAAAGCUCUGUCAAGUUCUCGUGCACGUCACAGCAAACCCAAAAGCCUUCAUUGUUAUAAGUUUAGUUUGUCUCAUUGUGUAGCCACAAACUGAUGGUUUAUUUUCAGAAAGCUGCCUGAAAUUUUCCUUUGUAUUCUUCCAGGAAGAACUUUAAUUCCUCAUGAGGAACUCUCCUUUCUGAGCCAGACUACUAAGUUUUCUGCAGAACUGUCUAGAAAAUCAUUCAAAAGACCCUGCAGUUGCACUUUCUUGUAAAAGAAAAAAUUUUUUUCUUGGCCUUUGAACUUUUUGCCUAUGAGGGUUUUGCAUAAAUUUUAUACUUGAGUAGACGUUAACAAUUCAUAUUUAUACUGUUGCAGAGGUAAGUGCUUGGCAGACUUAGGCCACUGAUUACUCUUCAGUUAACCCUGUUGCUAGCAAUGUUAUUUUGUAAAAGAAGCCAGCCCUUAUGUGGCAGAGUAAAAUAAGUAGUCCAUUUUUAAUUUAAACGUCUGGCUGGCUGAAACAGCGACUUUAUAUAAUUGGUAAGGGAGCGCGAGAAUUAGUUUCUUGCAAAGGCCAAAACCAGAGAACAUCUUCAAACAACUUCAGUGGAUGUAGCUUGGCCACAUGUGAAGGUGACUGUUCUGUUCAGCUAUGUACCUCUCUCAUAAUUGGAGACCUAAAAAUUAUAAAAUAAGCAUGAGGUCUAAAUUAUAUACUUGUUAUUAUAUGUAUUCAUAUCAAUUAUGAAAGGUUAUUUUACACUCCACUGUUGUCCUUAGAAAUCUUACCCAGAAAAAUGUUUGCAAAAAAAAAAAAAAAAAUCUUGUCUUUAUUGGAUCUUUCAUUUAUUCUUGUAAAAAUUAAAAAUAGCCUUUUCCCCUCCCUCCUUGGGUAGGGGAGGAUCUGAAAUAAGAGGAUGUUUACUAAAAGCAAACAAUUUAAAUUAAAUCUGCACUUUAUGAAAAUGAAUACUAACAUCUUUUUCUCCCUUAUUUUUGUAUUACUAUAUUAGCUAAUGAUCAAAGUUGUUAAAAUUACAAAUUUAUGAUGCCAAAAUAAAAUGGAAAUAUUUUGAUACGCAA